CCUCCCCUCCUCCCUCCCCCCUCCCCUUCCCUCCCCUGACUCCCCCCCUCCCCUGUUGUAGGUGCGUCGACUUCGUCCCUUUGCGCGGGGGAGCGAUGGGCAGAGGUUGCCCAUGGCUGCUUGCCGUGGUCCUCAUCGCGACGGCGUCGCACGCUGGCGUUGGGCGUUGCCUGGACGAGGACGAGAGAAUCCUGGGUUCGCCCUUCGUGAGCACCAUCGUGGUAGAGGCUAAUGCGUGGGACUCCAGCAUGAUAGCGGCAAGCAUCGGCCGGAUUCUGAUCGAGGAGCUCCUGGGGUACCGCGUCGUGAUCGCCGCCAGCCUCUUGCUUUUGACUUUUCUAGUCGUCGCAGCACGGUGUGACAUCGUACAGCGCAGAGGAGCGUAGCACAUCUUACUAGUGCGC